AGGGAGUUUUGUCUCGAGUGUUGUCGCGUUGGUAGCGCUAGUGUCACAUCACCUUCAAGUGCCAACAACAAUCCCGUUCGGUGGUAAAUUUUGAACAAUCCCAAAAAGCCAAAAAGUCGCACUUAAACCACAACUUCGAGUAUUAAAACAACCUGAAUUAAACAAAAAUGUUCCUUUGGGAGUGGUUUACAGGAGUCUUGGGCUUUCUAGGCUUGUGGAAGAAGUCGGGCAAGCUGCUUUUCCUAGGGCUCGACAAUGCGGGAAAAACGACUUUGUUGCACAUGCUCAAGGAUGAUAAGCUGGCACAGCAUCUUCCAACACUAUAUCCUACGUCAGAGGAAUUAUCAAUUGGAAAUAUGCGAUUCACGACGUUCGAUUUAGGUGGUCACACUCAGGCGAGGCGCGUUUGGAAAGAUUACUUCCCCGUUGUCGACGCUAUUGUUUUCCUGAUAGACGUCAACGACCACGACAGAUUCGAGGAGAGUAAAAUAGAGUUGGUGUCACUUUUGACGGACGAGACGCUAUCAACUUGCCCUGUACUUAUACUUGGCAAUAAAAUCGAUUUACCUAAGGCGGCUUCCGAGGAUCAACUGAGAAUGUUUUACAAUUUGUAUGGAAACACUACCGGAAAGGGAAAAGUGCCUCGGUCUGAAUUAGCAGCGCGCCCUCUAGAGUUGUUCAUGUGUUCUAUCCUGAAAAGACAAGGGUACGGCGAAGGGUUCCGGUGGCUUGCGCAGUACAUCGACUGAGCGACUCAGUAACGUCAAAUUGGUGUGAACGGACUGUUUAUAUAUAUAGUUACGGGUAUUUUGUUGUAUAUUUAUUAUAUUAUUUAUAAACAAGGUUACGUCCUAAGUGUCAUUGCAGUUGUUAACUCGUAAUUCGGUGAAAUUGAACUAAAUA